AGUCUCCACUCUCCCUUCUCACCGCAGACUGAACGUCACGUCCGCACUUGAACUUGAGUUUUCUCCCAUUGUAGAAGCCAGAGAGCCGCACAGAGCCGCACACAGCCGCACACAGCCCGGGGAUGCGGGACUCUGCAGCUAGCACAAAGAGAAUAGAGGGUGGCAGUCUGUCCUCACACCAGCACUGGGCUUCGACUUAAAGAGUUAAAGUCUAACCCGCCCGCCUGGCUGGCACUGCCAGUGCAGCAGAAGAAGUGCCCACCACUUGGCGACACCUCGAGAAGUGCCGAGAAGAAAAUUUGGAUUCCUAUUUUACACACUUUCAGACCUUAAUUGGCGUCCUUUCACCUGCUUUGUCCGGACAGGGACGCGCGGUGUCCAGGGUGGCCGGAGAAUGGACACAGGUAGUGACUGACCAUCAGGAGGUGACCGCCAACCUCCCGCGUCUUGCCGCGUCUCUCCUCCCCUCCACUCCGCUCCUUUCUCCGGUGUCCUCUGACAGAUGGUGUAAAAGCGGCGUAAGGCAGAGCCGGACUACCCCCCUGCUUCACCACCACUUCGACUGAAGAAGGAAGGCGCGCAACCACUUUGGCACCGAACUCCGACCGAGCGCCCGGCCACCCAGCGCUGCGCUACGGCCGGUCACCGCAGAGCGCAGGAGCCGCUGCCCGCUGGAGGGAGAUCCGUCGCGCAGGGGUCAGUUCGAGGGCCACAUUUGGGGCCAGUGCUGAGCGGUCAGUUUGGGGUGGUCAGCGAGCGGCCGGUUUUGGGGCCAGUUUGCGGCCGGUAUACAGGAGAAGCAGGAGGAGGAGGAGAGCCGACCCUUCCAGCGCCGCUCUCCGGGCGAUGCCAGUGUAAAUGCCAGGGCGAUGUCCCGACGCAAGCAGGGGAACCCGCAGCACCUGUCCCAGAGAGAAAUUACACCAGAGGUUGAGCAUCCAGAUGGCGGCCUGCUCUCCGACUCCCUACCCCCCCACCCUCUCGGCCUGCCGCCCCACCCGUUGGACCCUAGUCUGGCCCACACCCUGCCACCCGGCCUCCACGCCGACCAUGACCUGUUGACCUGCGGCCAGUGUCAGAUGACUCUCCCGCUGGGUGACAUCCUCCUCUUCAUUGAGCACAAGAAGAAGCAGUGCCAAACGCCGCUGCUGGCCAAUGGCUGCUACGACAAGAUGACCGACCGGGGAGGCGGAGGAGGGAGUCCGACUCUGCAGAGCCUUCAUCUCCCCACGCAGCGGGGAGAACUGAGGAAAGUGGUGGAGCCGGUGGAGAUCGGCAUCCAGGUGACACCAGAGGAGGAGGAGGUGGGAGGAGGUGAGCGGGGAGGGAGGACGCCCAUCAAAGGAAUUUGCCCCAAACAGGAGAACACACCGGCAGGUGGCAGGGAUGAGCCUUCCAGCUACAUAUGUACCACAUGUAAGCAGCCCUUCCCCAGCGCCUGGUUCCUGCUGCAGCAUGUCCAGAACACCCAUGGCAUUCGCAUAUACCUGGAGUCCAAUCCAUCCAGCACAGCCCUCACCCCACGCCUCACUAUGCCUCCACCCAUGGGCAACGACUCCAUCCCCCAGUCCCCCCUCACCAACUUUCUCGGGGACAACAACCCCUUCCACCUCCUGAGGAUGACGGGCCCCCUGCUCCGGGAGCCUCCCCCGGGUUUUGGGGAGAACCGCCUCCCCAACACACCUCCAUUCAUCAGUCCACCUCCCCGGCACCACCUGGACCCCCAUCGUCUGGAACGCCUUAGCGCAGAGGAAAUGGGCCUCAUCUCCCAGCACCCCAGUGCCUUUGAGAGGGUGAUGCGGCUAACGCCCAUGGCCAUGGAGUCCCAGUCCAUGGACUUUUCCCGGCGGUUACGUGAGUUGGCAGGGAAUACCAACAGCACCACCCCACCAUUGUCACCCAGCAGGGCCAACCCUAUGCACCGACUACUAAACCCAAACCCCUUCCAGCCUGGGCCAAAAUCACCCUUUCUGAGCACCCCACCUUUACCGCCGAUGCCCCCAAACAGUACCACCCCUCCCCAGACACAGAACAAGAUCAAGUCCUGUGAGUUCUGCGGUAAGACCUUCAAGUUCCAGAGCAACUUGGUAGUGCAUCGGCGCAGCCAUACUGGAGAAAAACCAUACAAGUGCCAGCUGUGUGACCACGCCUGCUCUCAGGCGAGCAAGCUGAAGCGCCACAUGAAGACCCACAUGCACAAGGCUGGAUCCCUGACGGGGCGCUCAGAUGAUGGACUGUCCACCACUAGCUCCCCAGAGCCUGGCACUAGUGAUGUGACAGGUGAGGGCAUGAAGAAUCGUGAUGGCGACUUCCAAGGGGAAGGCAAUGAGGAGGAAGAAGAGGAGGAGGAAGAAGAAGAACUUGAGAAUGAGAGUCGACCAGAAUCCAAUUUCAGCAUGGAGUCUGAGUUCUACCGGAACAGGGAGAAUGGCUCUAAACCUCCUUCAGAGGAGAAGUCAUCAUUCGCCCUUGAGAAGAUGGUAGAAGGUGGGGGGCUCAACUCUAUACAGCAGUACAAUAAUUUGAUAGUUGACAAUCGUAAAAGGAUGCCCUUCUCCAAGAGGUGCUCGGAUGGCCAGCGGGACACUGGGGAUGAGGACUCAGUGGCUGGGGAGAUGGACCACCACCAGCAGGAAGAGAGAACAACCAUUAAUGGCCGGAAUUGUGGCUCCGGUGACUCUUUCUCAGGCCUGUUUCCCCGUAAACCCACCCCCAUCACCAGCCCCACCCUGUCCAACUCAUCAAAUAAGAGGAUCAAGAUUGAGAAGGACUUGGACAUUCCCCCAGCACCCCACAUCCCUUCUGAGAAUGUCUACUCCCAGUGGUUGGUGGGCUAUGCUGCCUCACGCCACUUCAUCAAAGACCCUUUCCUAGGCUUCACUGACUCCAGACAAUCGCCCUUCGCCACCUCUUCUGAGCACUCGUCUGAGAAUGGCAGCCUGCGGUUCUCAACGCCUCCGGGUGACCUGCUGGAUGGCGGCCUGUCAGGCCGCAGUGGCACCGCUAGUGGAGGCAGCACACCUCAUCUGGGUGGAGGCCCAGGUCCAGGCCGACCCAGCUCCAAGGACAGCAGGAGGUGCGACACCUGUGAAUUCUGCGGCAAGGUGUUUAAAAACUGUAGCAACCUGACGGUGCACCGGCGCAGUCACACUGGGGAGAGGCCCUACAAGUGUGAGCUGUGCAACUAUGCCUGCGCCCAGAGCUCCAAGCUCACACGCCACAUGAAGACACAUGGCCAGCUGGGUAAGGAGGUCUACCGCUGUGACAUUUGCCAAAUGCCCUUCAGCGUGUACAGCACUCUGGAGAAACAUAUGAAAAAGUGGCAUGGAGAACAUUUGAUGACCAAUGAGGUCAAAAUUGAACAAGCAGAGAGAACCUAAACCAGGUUCUCUGUUUCCAUACUCUUUGCCACACUUUGACUUAAAAAAUAAACAAAAGGGGGUAGCUGGAUACUCUUUUUCUGAAAUUUUAAUUUUUGGUUAAUUUUAUGUUUGUAAGAAACUGCCAAACUGAGAAAAAAGGUGAAAACAGAGAUCUUACCACCAAUUGAAGCUGUCUAAACUGCCUCAUUUGGGGUUCCUUUUUAAACAAUCAGUCAGUUCAGUUAUAACAUAUGUGGAGCCUUUAACUGUGCAAUAAUUUCUGUAUUUAUUGGAUUUUGUAUUUUGGCAUGUGCAGGUACAUUUUUAUUUAGGCAUUUAAAAGAAAACUUGUUUUGUUUUGAUUUUGCGUUACUCUGUUCUUUAAAAACCCACAUGAUAUCCUGAGAGUUUUUUAGAAGGCAAAUGUCCAUUUUAAGUAAUCUUUUUUGGCCGCUGCUUAUAGGAAAUUGUAUAUUAAGCUAAAAGUGUGAUUUCUUGAAGAGAAGCUAAAUCUUCUAUUUGAAAGUGGCGUUAACUGAGAAUGCUAGAAUUAGUCUAUUUUGUGUGAUGACGAUACGCGGACAACAAUCCUUUGGCAUUGUAGCAUGAACGGACUCUAAAACAUGUCAAUAUAAUUGGAUAUGUAGCACUGAGUGUCAUAUUUGACAGUAAAUCUAAAAUCAAAGAGGAUCCCAAGGUUCAUAAACCCUGUCUCCUCCUGAGAACAUCUUUACCAGCCAGAAGAAACAGAUUCUAGAUAAGGCAGCUGCUGACCGGUACAUAGUACCAAGCCCUGACAACGCUAUGACAACCACCCCUCAUUCCUUCUGCCCCCCCACCCCACCCCCAGCAUCACUUACUACCAUCUUUCCUACGUUAGUGCAUCCACGUAUUAUAUUUUGCAUGACACCAUAUGAUCUAGGCUAUAUUAUUUAUUAGCAGUAAAGUGAGCAUGAAGCCAUGCAAGAUGAGUAUGCAUAGAGAUACACAGAAGAACGAAGACAAGAGAGUGAGCACAGGGACAUCUCAGGGUGAGCUAUACUACUUUUCUUUAUUUACCCAUUCAUUCCUAUGUUGAAAUACUUAGGGACACUUGUGUCCACUCACUGCCCCUCUACCAGGCUAAUGUCAAAACGUUAUCCUUAUUUCAAAGUGAUUAUUCACAUUUACAUCUGUCACUGCUUCCAAUUAAUUAGUUUAGAGCGGGUUACAUGUAUGUGCAUACAUGGCAGAUGCCACUACUUUAACUAGAUUUCUUCAGAAAAAUUAAAUUCUCUGAUCUUAUUGUCGAAAUUUAUAAAAACCAACAUCCCUAUGCAUUUUUUUGUGCUAAAUUAUCUUACAAAAUGUAUAGUGAAUUUUGGCUUGUAUUGUUAGAGUGAUUCUAUAAUUGUAUAAUCUGAUCAAUGAAGGCACCUUUCCAGGAAUAGGAAUCAAGUUUCACUGUGUGUUUUUUGUAGGAGAGGAAAAAUAUAUGAGUGUGUGUUGAAAUAGUCAGACUAAUAGUAAGAGAAGCAGCAUCAGUUUGCUCCAUGCCCCUUUGUUUUUUUAAAUAUCAUAACCCCAGCUUUUGUUAGUCCUCAUCCACCUUCAUUGUAGCACUUUGUUAUUUUUAAAUACACACAUAGAGCUGGACAGAAAAAGUACUGAAGGGUCUAGAGCUUGGGAUCUCCUGACGCUGAAGUGCCCAGGCUUGUUAAGCGAGACUUUCACAAUGCUGGCACUAUAAAAUAAAAAAAAACAAAAAAAACAAACAUAUAAUUUAUUUGGGACAGUUUUUGUACUGCCAUACAAUUUGACAUGAGUGUGCCUUGAAUAAUGAUCUUCCUGUUUAUUGUCUCAGAAAAAUGCAACACUUUUUAUGAAGCAUCGAAUUGAACAAGAAAAAAAUAAGUAAAAUUGUGUUAAAAUGAACGUGUAAUUUGACAUUUCAACAGAAUAAUUUAAAUUAAUACAAAUGAACCAAUGCUGAGUUUAGGUUUAGGAGUACCCAGCACAAUAUCAGUGUGUCUGUGUGUGUAUAUAUGUAUGCAUAUGUACAUAUAAAGGCACGAACAUAUAUAUAGAUAUAUAUCAAAUUCCUCACCCAUAAGGACAAGAGUCUGUCCCUCAACAGAAAAUUCCAGGAGUGGACAAAAGCCACACAAAAAGUCAAGGAAGAGACUCGACAAAAAUCAGGAAAUGCAGAAACUAAAAAAAGAAUUUAGUGCACUCUGUCUUAAAACAAGUUUACAGUAUUGAAACAAGUACAAGGGUAAAAUAAUAAUAAUUUGUGUGUAUGUGUGUUUUAAACAAGUAUUUUCUUUUCCAGGUUUGCUUCUAAAGUUUCUCUGAAUGCCGUAGUGGCGAUGUGUAUAUUGUUUCUUUUCUUUUUCUUUUUUCUUAUUUUUGGUGACGGGGUUUUAAUAUAUAUAAAUACAUAUGAAUAUAUUACAUUUUUCUUGUUUACUGUAAAAGUAUACCAGUAUUUGUAAUAUUGGAGAAUGCCUGGGCAUUUUACAAAAAUAGAAAAAAGGUUGUUUUUUAUUUUUUAUUUUGCAGUCCAAUUUAAAUUGUGGGUCUCUUAAACUGUUUUUGUCACUGUAACUGUAAAAGUCUUAAGUUUUAGUAACUUUUAUUCUGCCUUGGGUGUAAUGAAAUAAAAAAUAAACAAAUUAAAAAAUGACUGAGCUGUAACAAACUUGGAUUUGGUGGUGGGGUGGCUGCUGGGGUGGGGGUAGGUGAAUGGGUGCUCCAUUAGCAGAUGGAGGUUUUCUCCCUUAGAAAUGACGGAACAUUGGUACUGCUUUUCAGGAAAAACACACUGAGAAUCCUGACUUGUAUCUAUUUUUCUUCUUCUGGAAUGGAUUAUUCUUCAUGGAUGGUGUGAAAUACAUGUGUAGGCACUUGCUGUCUUUCCUAAGGAGCUUGUCUUUUUUAACUUGUAGGCUAUGUGCAUCCUUUUGUGAAUAGGGUACUCUGAGUACCUCGGGACGUCUUGCUCUUACAUCGGGUGCAGGGGGAGGGUGACUUCAUAUCCAAUGACAAGACACAACUCACAGGCUGCCACAAUCUAUUUUUCCUCUCAUGAGGCAGGAUAACUAACCUGAUGAAUUUGUACUGUUGUAAUGAACCAUGCUGUACAGAAGGUGAUCAAAAGGUUGUAUGACGGCCUUUUAGUGACAAAAACACAAGUCGAUGCUUUGUUUAUCGCUCUAUUGGUUGUACAUAGUUUUCUAUGACUACGCUGUUUUCAUUUUCUUUGACUUUGUUUUUUCCUUUUAUUUGUCUGUGAUUUCUAACUGGCACUGGCAGUGACUUCCUGUGUCUGGGGGUGGGGUUGGGGGGUUAUUUUGUUUGACCUUUGUGACCUCCAUGUCAGUUUUCAGGCACAUGCCUCCCCCGUUGAUAUUUCUCGGCAUGAGAACAGAGCACAAAUACAAGCUGUUACAAUUCUA